AUGAAACAAAAAUUUUCAGCCCUUGAUGUGAGGGCCAUGGUGUCCGAUUUAAAAGAAAAAAUUGUUGGCUUAAGAUUACAAAACGUCUAUGACAUAAAUCCGAAAACUUAUUUAUUUAAAUUUUCAAAGCCGGACAAGAAGGAGCUUGUGUUAAUUGAAUCGGGAAACAGGAUUCAUACGACACAAUUUUCUCGGGAUAAAUCGAUUACUCCUUCACCUUUUUGUAUAAAGCUACGAAAGCAUAUUAGGACACGAAGACUAACUGAUGUCAGACAAUUGGGUGUUGAUAGGAUCAUUGACUUUGAAUUUGCCGGCGUUGGUGAAGGCACAACGUACCAUAUUAUAGCAGAGUUUUAUGCUUCAGGAAAUAUAAUCUUUACAGAUCAUGAAUAUACAAUAUUAUCAUUAUUACGUGUCGUUCAACCUAAAGAAAAUGAAAAGAUUGCCGUUGGCCAAAUAUACAAUGUCAAUGCUGUAUCUCGUGUAGGCGAUCCUGUAACGAGGUUUCAUUUACGGGAUGUACUGAUUGAUCAAACUUCCAAAGAUUCGCUAAAAAAAGUGUUAAAUGCUAAGUUGAGUUACGGUCAGUCAUUGACUGAGCAUGCCAUUCGCUUCGCAAAUCUGGAUCCGAAUAUGAAAGUCGGGACAGUUGACAAAUCUGAAGAUUCACCGCAUUUAAGUGCUUUAGAAGCUGGUUUCUCUGAAGGAUAUAUAAUUAUGUUAAAACAUUCACAAAAUGAUGAAUCUGAAGUUGAAGAUAAUGUAACAACUUAUAAUGAGUUUCAUCCUUUUCUUUUUGAACAACAUAAAUCGAAACCAUACAAAGAAUUUGAUUCAUUUGAUUUGGCCGUCGAUGAGUAUUACUCAUCUAUGGAAAGUCAAAAAUUAUUAUUAAAAGAGAGAAACCAGGAGAAAGCUGCAAUGAAAAAGUUGGAAGCCAUUAAAAAAGAGCAAUAUUCUAGAGUGGAAAAUUUACAAAGUGCGCAGGAGAUUAACAUGCGUAAAGCUAGAUUAAUCGAGUCAAACGUCGAUAUAGUAGAUCAGGCUAUUAUAGUAAUAAGAAACGCUAUUGCUAGUUCAAUGGAUUGGAAAGAUCUUGAAAACCUAGUUAUGGAAGAAAAAAAAAAAGGGAAUCCAAUAGCUGCUAUAAUUGCGGGAUUGAAGCUUGAAAUGAAUCAGAUUACGUUGUUAUUAAAGGAGCCAGAAGAAAUAGAUGAGGCUUUUUAUGAUUCUUCAGAUGAAGAAUCUGAAGGAGAGCGGAACCAUAUGCAAGAGACAGUGCAAGAUAAAGUUGACGUUGAUAUAUACUUAUCUGCAUAUGCUAAUGCGAAGAAAUUCUAUGAUGUAAAAAAGCAGUCCAUGAUUAAGCAAGCAAAGACUUUAGCUGUUGCUGAUAAAGCAUUUAAAAGCGCCGAACAAAAAAUUAAACAAGACCUUAAAGAAACAAAAACAACCGCAUCCAUAAAUAAGAUUCGCAAGCCUUUUUGGUUUGAAAAAUUUUUAUGGUUUGUCUCAUCCGAAAAUUAUCUUGUCAUCGCCGGGCGUGACAUGCAACAAAAUGAAUUGUUAGUUAAACGAUAUCUUCGUAAAGGCGAUUUGUACGUCCACGCCGAUUUGCACGGUGCUGCUUCAGUUGUUAUUAAGAAUCCUAAUGACAGUCAGCUGGUGCCUCCGAGCACACUUUUUCAAGCUGGAACUAUGUCUGUCUGCCAAAGUAAAGCCUGGGAAGCGAAGAUAGUUACUAGCGCGUAUUGGGUCCACGCAGAUCAAGUAUCUAAAACCGCCCCGAGUGGGGAAUACCUUACAACUGGUUCUUUUAUGAUUCGUGGUAAAAAGAACUUUCUACCACCUGUACAAUUGGUAUAUGGCCUUGGCUUAUUUUUCAAAGUGGAUGAACAAAGCAUUGCAAAUCAUUUGCAUGAACGGCGUCCACUAAAAGCUGAAGAAUCAA